GUCUAGCAAGUUGGUAGUCCCCAUCCCAAAUAAACGAAAACAAUUGAAUUUUUAUAUAAGUUUCAUUUGAAUAUUUCUUUUUAUCCUCAAAUGCCUCGCAAUCUAAAUGCAGAGAGGGACAAUCCCUGCCUAAAGGAACAGGAGCUGUCAUUCAAAUGCCUCAACAAAAACAACUUUGAUCGCGACAAGUGCGAAGUUUAUUUUGCUAAUUAUAAUAAUUGCAAAGAGUUUUGGAACAAAGUGAAAAGUGAAAGGAGAGCCAAAGGAAUCGCUCCGUAUUUACCACCAUUGGAAGAACGGGAGGCGAUCAAAUCUGAAUAUAUGAAAGGAAAACCUCAGCAAAGCUGAUAUCAUAUUUAAAAAAACGUUACUACCUUAAUAAAAAAAAGUUUUUACAUCAA